UAGGCAUAUGCCAUCACACCCAGCCCUUCACAUAAUUUUAAAAAAUCAGUGUGCUUUAACUGUAAUACAAAAGGAAAGUAACUGUGUUUCUGUGAGGGUGAUGUGGCCGGUCGCUUCCCUCCUCUGUAUAGCACCUGGGAACGUGGUAGCCACAGACAGACUCACACGGCCGUGGUGUGCCACAGCUCAGAAACCAUGAGUACCGUUCUCCAGGUGAUGUGUUUCUCUUCAGAACAGAACCUCUUGGUACCAUUUUGACAAAAAGUUCAUUGCCCCUCAGUGUACAUGGUAAUUAAGUUUUGGGCAUUUUCGAUGCAAGGUCAAGCCUUAGAAGAGCUGCUGUGUGUUUAUAUCUACAGCUGAGUCAGGGUCUGGUCCAGGUAACCAUAAGCCGAUCUUCUGCCCAAAUGGCGAAGUCCCGCAGAUUGCAAAAUAGUUCUUAGUUUGUGGACUCUGUCUCAUGAUCCUUGCCCCCUGUAUGCUAGCAGGAUCCCCCCAAGUCACCACUAUCAAUUUCUAAAGCUCCUCCAAAGAGAAUUGGAGCCCUCUGGGCAAAGCCCGUGCCAGCUCCCAGUUUGCCUCCUGGCAGGGCAGGUUCCAGAGCACAGAGCAGGUGUGGCCUUUCCUUCAGACCCUCGGGGCGGGGUGAUCAGCCUUCUAAGAAGGCUUCCAGAAGGUGGCAGUGUAGCAGGGUGGGGCGUCUCCAAGUGGAUGGUGAGGAGGACACACAGCUGAAGCCUCAGGUGUGCUGCUGGGCCCCAGCUCCCCCAGGCACAGCAGAACUGGGGUCCUUUGAGCCCGGCAUCCAGCUAACCAUGGAACCGGUCGGCGUGGACCGCCAGCCCCUUAGGUGAGGACUCAGCUGGGGCUCCUCUGACCAUUCCAAACAUGGAGGCCAAGCGAACCCCUCCAGCCAGGGCAUCUGCCUUUUGAAAGUCGUGGUCCAGCUCCCACUUUUCCUGUGGGCUGUCUUCAAAAGAGGUGCCUGUCUCUCGUGGCCCAGGAGCUCGGGCGCCGCAGCCUCCACGGAUGGGGAGGUGGGCCCUUGACGUGGCCUUUGUAUGGAAGGCGGUGUUGACCCUGGGGCUGGUCCUUCUCUACUACUGCUUCUCCAUCGGCAUCACCUUCUACAACAAAUGGCUGACGAAGAGCUUCCACUUCCCCCUCUUCAUGACCAUGCUGCACCUGGCUGUGAUCUUCCUCUUCUCCGCCCUGUCCAGGGCGCUGGUUCAGUGUUCCAGCCACAGGGCUCGCGUGGUGCUGAGCUGGACCGACUACCUCAAAAGAGUGGCCCCCACAGCACUGGCAACAGCACUUGACGUGGGCUUGUCCAACUGGAGCUUCCUCUACAUCACUGUCUCGCUGUAUACGAUGACCAAGUCUUCAGCUGUGCUGUUCAUCUUGAUCUUCUCUCUCAUCUUCAAGUUGGAGGAGCUGCGUGCCACGCUGGUCCUGGUGGUUCUCCUCAUUGCUGGGGGCCUCUUCAUGUUCACCUACAAGUCCACACAGUUCAACGUGAAAGGCUUCUCCCUGGUGCUGGGGGCCUCGUUCAUCGGUGGAAUUCGCUGGACCCUCACCCAGAUGCUCCUGCAGAAGGCUGAGCUGGGCCUCCAGAAUCCCAUCGACACCAUGUUCCACCUGCAGCCACUCAUGUUUCUGGGGCUCUUCCCUCUCUUUGCCAUAUUUGAAGGUCUGCACUUGUCCACAUCUGAGAAAAUCUUCCGCUUCCAGGACACCGUGCUGCUCCUGCGGGUACUUGGGAGUCUCUUCCUUGGCGGGAUUCUCGCCUUCGGUUUGGGUUUCUCCGAGUUCCUCCUGGUUUCCAGAACCUCCAGCCUCACUCUCUCCAUUGCUGGCAUUUUUAAGGAAGUCUGCACUUUGCUGCUGGCAGCUCACCUGCUGGGCGAUCAGAUCAGCCUCCUGAACUGGCUGGGCUUCGCCCUCUGCCUCUCAGGAAUCUCUCUGCACGUUGCCCUGAAAGCUCUGCACUCCAGAGGUGACAGUGGAUCUAAACCCCUGAAGGGCCUGGGCUCCGGCCCGGACCUGGAGCUGCUCCUCCGGAGCGGCCAGCCGGAGGGAGAGGAGGAGGAGGAGGAGGACUACUUCGUGGCCCAGGGGCAGCAGUGAGCGGCCAGCAGAGCAACUUGGGGGCAGGCUGCUCUGUGACCAGCGGUGCUGAGCUCUCGGCAGCAGCCAGGGCCCGUGGCUCUUCGCAGCAGCCGGGAGUGGUGCUGGGAGUCACCUGUGGGCAGCUAGGCCAGGGGCUGGUGGCGCCUACCCUUCCCUUUCCCGUGGAGCUCGGUCAGCGGGGUGAGCACCAGGCCAGCCUCGGGCCUGGUGGGGCUCAGCCGCGCUGUGCUGGGGCCACGGUGGAGAGGGGAGUGGGUGUGUCCUUCUCAGCCCUUGGCCAGGCUCGGAGCAAGACUAGUCCAGGACAGCUGCUUUCCAAGGGACUGACCGAACGGUGGGGCAGCUGGGGACGUGAGGGGUCGGGGCCUCAUCACCUGGACAGCAUCUUUCUCAGCAGAUUUAUUUAUAGUUUGGAAAUAAAUGGUUUAUGGUCCAGUGGCCACUGACGUUGCCUAGGGGCGUGGGGGCAGGAGACCGUGAAGGCCUUCUUGGCCUUCUUUCCCCGUGGGGCCUCCCCAGCCUCCUGUGUCUCCCGCUUACCCCUCCACCCGGCCCCACCCACACUUGCAGGCAGAAAAUAAAUGAAUAUUUACUGAGUACGGUGUCCUGGGGACUUAACAUGUUUU